UGCUUCCGUAAGCUCCACAUUCCUUUCUUCGCAUCUCGAAGGGGUUGACACUGAAAGUGAGCGAGAUUUUGCAGGGAGAGAGGAGUGAUCUUGUGCUUCGAGCGUAGGCGGAAGAUAUGUUCCUCCGUGCGAUUGGACGGCCAUUGUUGGCGAAAGUGAAGCAGACGACUGGGAUCGUUGGUCUGGACGUUGUUCCCAACGCGAGGGAGGUUUUGAUCGAUCUCUACUCCAAAACCCUAAAGGAGAUCCAGGCCGUGCCGGAGGAUGAAGGAUACAGGAAGGCCGUGGAGAGCUUCACGCGCCACCGUCUCAAGGCUUGUCAGGAGGAGGAGGAUUGGGAGAUGAUCGAGAAGCGGCUCGGUUGUGGCCAGGUCGAGGAGCUCAUCGAGGAGGCUCGCGAUGAGCUCACUCUCAUCGGAAAAAUGAUCGAGUGGGAUCCUUGGGGUGUUCCAGACGACUACGAGUGUGAAGUCAUCGAGAAUGAUGCUCCCAUUCCCAAGCAUGUUCCUCAGCACCGUCCUGGCCCUCUUCCCGAAGAAUUCUACAAGACCCUUGAAGCCGUUGCUUCUCAAAAGGAGAUUCCAGCCGCUAGCUCUCCUGAUUCACAGUUGACGGGGUAGCUUUCAGCUUUUGCAUUGUAUGUGCUGGUCAAACUCCCAGUUCUCCUUUCUCUUGUUAUAUGGUAUUUGUUUGUUUUCCCUUCCCAUGCAACUGCUGCUGUUUUCUAGCUUUGAUCUAGAGUUGUUCCGAGGACCGGCGUUCAAAUUCUAAUAAUCUUUGGAUUAAACAAACUUUAUCCAAUCUUAUCUUUGUUACCU